AUGGCUGUAGAAAGGGAGGAGAAUGAGCUUAGCGAGGCAUUUAGAGGGCUGUUUGCAACAGUGAGAGGGGAACUGGCAACAAUGAGGGAGGAGCUGGCAGUAGUGAAGGGGGAGGUGGCGGCAGCAGUGGCGGAGAAGGCGGCACAGGAGAGUGAACGAGGUACAGAACCUAUCUUUCCUGCCACAACCCCCCUCCCUCCUCUAAUCCUGCUCCCUGAAUUCAUCCUCUCCUCCUGCUACACCUCACUGUGCAGGCGCACGCCCUGCAUUGGGCUCGCCCCAUCAGUCAUGGCUCGGAUGACUGCAGUGGCCAUGCUGCUGCCAGCGCUGCUGCUCGCCCUCCUUGCCACUGCCAUCAGCAUCACACCAAUUGGCAGGCAGGGACGCUUCCUCAGCUGCCCUCACAGCUCUCCUGCUGCCCUCACAGCUCUCCUGCUGCCCUCACAGCUCUCCUGCUGCCCUCACAGCUCUCCUGCUGCCCUCACAGCUCUCUUGCUGCCCUCACAGCUCUCCUGCUGCCCUCACAGCUCUCCUGCUGCCCUCACAGCUCUCCUGCUGCCCUCACAGCUCUCCUGCUGCCCUCACAGCUCUCCUGCUGCCCUCACAGCUCUCCUGCUGCCCUCACAGCUCUCCUGCUGCCCUCACAGCUCUCCUGCUGCCCUCACAGCUCUCCGUCUGCGUAAAGCAGCCAGCAGCAGCAGCAGCAGCAGCAGCAGCAGCAAGCUAGCAGCAGCAGCAGCAGCAGCAGCAGCAGCAGCAGCAGCAGCCGCAGCAGCAGCAGCAGCAGCAGCAGCAGCAGCAGCAGCAGCAGCAGCAGCAGCAGCAGCAGCAGCUAGCAGCAGCAGCGCAGCUAGCAGCAGCAGCAGCAGCGCAGCAGCAGCAGCAGCAGCAGCAGCAGCAGCAGCAGCAGCAGCAGCAGCAGCAGCAGCAGCAGCAGCAGCAGCAGCAGCAGCAGCAGCAGCAGCAGCAGCAGCAGCAGCAGCAGCAGCAGCAGCAGCAGCAGCAGCAGCAGCAGCAGCAGCAGCAGCAGCAGCAGCAGCAGCAGCAGCAGCAGCAGCAGCAGCAGCAGCAGCAGCAGCAGCAGCAGCAGCAGCAGCAGCAGCAGCAGCAGCAGCAGCAGCAGCAGCAGCAGCAGCAGCAGCAGCAGCAGCAGCAGCAGCAGCAGCAGCAGCAGCAGCAGCAGCAGCAGCAGCAGCAGCAGCAGCAGCAGCAGCAGCAGCAGCAGCAGCAGCAGCAGCAGCAGCAGCAGCAGCAGCAGCAGCAGCAGCAGCAGCAGCAGCAGCAGCAGCAGCAGCAGCAGCAGCAGCAGCAGCAGCAGCAGCAGCAGCAGCAGCAGCAGCAGCAGCAGCAGCAGCAGCAGCAGCAGCAGCAGCAGCAGCAGCAGCAGCAGCAGCAGCAGCAGCAGCAGCAGCAGCAGCAGCAGCAGCAGCAGCAGCAGCAGCAGCAGCAGCAGCAGCAGCAGCAGCAGCAGCAGCAGCAGCAGCAGCAGCAGCAGCAGCAGCAGCAGCAGCAGCAGCAGCAGCAGCAGCAGCAGCAGCAGCAGCAGCAGCAGCAGCAGCAGCAGCAGCAGCAGCAGCAGCAGCAGCAGCAGCAGCAGCAGCAGCAGCAGCAGCAGCAGCAGCAGCAGCAGCAGCAGCAGCAGCAGCAGCAGCAGCAGCAGCAGCAGCAGCAGCAGCAGCAGCAGCAGCAGCAGCAGCAGCAGCAGCAGCAGCAGCAGCAGCAGCAGCAGCAGCAGCAGCAGCAGCAGCAGCAGCAGCAGCAGCAGCAGCAGCAGCAGCAGCAGCAGCAGCAGCAGCAGCAGCAGCAGCAGCAGCAGCAGCAGCAGCAGCAGCAGCAGCAGCAGCAGCAGCAGCAGCAGCAGCAGCAGCAGCAGCAGCAGCAGCAGCAGCAGCAGCAGCAGCAGCAGCAGCAGCAGCAGCAGCAGCAGCAGCAGCAGCAGCAGCAGCAGCAGCAGCAGCAGCAGCAGCAGCAGCAGCAGCAGCAGCAGCAGCAGCAGCAGCAGCAGCAGCAGCAGCAGCAGCAGCAGCAGCAGCAGCAGCAGCAGCAGCAGCAGCAGCAGCAGCAGCAGCAGCAGCAGCAGCAGCAGCAGCAGCAGCAGCAGCAGCAGCAGCAGCAGCAGCAGCAGCAGCAGCAGCAGCAGCAGCAGCAGCAGCAGCAGCAGCAGCAGCAGCAGCAGCAGCAGCAGCAGCAGCAGCAGCAGCAGCAGCAGCAGCAGCAGCAGCAGCAGCAGCAGCAGCAGCAGCAGCAGCAGCAGCAGCAGCAGCAGCAGCAGCAGCAGCAGCAGCAGCAGCAGCAGCAGCAGCAGCAGCAGCAGCAGCAGCAGCAGCAGCAGCAGCAGCAGCAGCAGCAGCAGCAGCAGCAGCAGCAGCAGCAGCAGCAGCAGCAGCAGCAGCAGCAGCAGCAGCAGCAGCAGCAGCAGCAGCAGCAGCAGCAGCAGCAGCAGCAGCAGCAGCAGCAGCAGCAGCAGCAGCAGCAGCAGCAGCAGCAGCAGCAGCAGCAGCAGCAGCAGCAGCAGCAGCAGCAGCAGCAGCAGCAGCAGCAGCAGCAGCAGCAGCAGCAGCAGCAGCAGCAGCAGCAGCAGCAGCAGCAGCAGCAGCAGCAGCAGCAGCAGCAGCAGCAGCAGCAGCAGCAGCAGCAGCAGCAGCAGCAGCAGCAGCAGCAGCAGCAGCAGCAGCAGCAGCAGCAGCAGCAGCAGCAGCAGCAGCAGCAGCAGCAGCAGCAGCAGCAGCAGCAGCAGCAGCAGCAGCAGCAGCAGCAGCAGCAGCAGCAGCAGCAGCAGCAGCAGCAGCAGCAGCAGCAGCAGCAGCAGCAGCAGCAGCAGCAGCAGCAGCAGCAGCAGCAGCAGCAGCAGCAGCAGCAGCAGCAGCAGCAGCAGCAGCAGCAGCAGCAGCAGCAGCAGCAGCAGCAGCAGCAGCAGCAGCAGCAGCAGCAGCAGCAGCAGCAGCAGCAGCAGCAGCAGCAGCAGCAGCAGCAGCAGCAGCAGCAGCAGCAGCAGCAGCAGCAGCAGCAGCAGCAGCAGCAGCAGCAGCAGCAGCAGCAGCAGCAGCAGCAGCAGCAGCAGCAGCAGCAGCAGCAGCAGCAGCAGCAGCAGCAGCAGCAGCAGCAGCAGCAGCAGCAGCAGCAGCAGCAGCAGCAGCAGCAGCAGCAGCAGCAGCAGCAGCAGCAGCAGCAGCAGCAGCAGCAGCAGCAGCAGCAGCAGCAGCAGCAGCAGCAGCAGCAGCAGCAGCAGCAGCAGCAGCAGCAGCAGCAGCAGCAGCAGCAGCAGCAGCAGCAGCAGCAGCAGCAGCAGCAGCAGCAGCAGCAGCAGCAGCAGCAGCAGCAGCAGCAGCAGCAGCAGCAGCAGCAGCAGCAGCAGCAGCAGCAGCAGCAGCAGCAGCAGCAGCAGCAGCAGCAGCAGCAGCAGCAGCAGCAGCAGCAGCAGCAGCAGCAGCAGCAGCAGCAGCAGCAGCAGCAGCAGCAGCAGCAGCAGCAGCAGCAGCAGCAGCAGCAGCAGCAGCAGCAGCAGCAGCAGCAGCAGCAGCAGCAGCAGCAGCAGCAGCAGCAGCAGCAGCAGCAGCAGCAGCAGCAGCAGCAGCAGCAGCAGCAGCAGCAGCAGCAGCAGCAGCAGCAGCAGCAGCAGCAGCAGCAGCAGCAGCAGCAGCAGCAGCAGCAGCAGCAGCAGCAGCAGCAGCAGCAGCAGCAGCAGCAGCAGCAGCAGCAGCAGCAGCAGCAGCAGCAGCAGCAGCAGCAGCAGCAGCAGCAGCAGCAGCAGCAGCAGCAGCAGCAGCAGCAGCAGCAGCAGCAGCAGCAGCAGCAGCAGCAGCAGCAGCAGCAGCAGCAGCAGCAGCAGCAGCAGCAGCAGCAGCAGCAGCAGCAGCAGCAGCAGCAGCAGCAGCAGCAGCAGCAAGCAGCAGCAGCAGCAGCAGCAGCAGCAGCAGCAGCAGCAGCAGCAGCAGCAGCAGCAGGCAGCAGCAGCAGCAGCAGCAGCAGCAGCAGCAGCAGCAGCAGCAGCAGCAGCAGCAGCAGCAGCAGCAGCAGCAGCAGCAGCAGCAGCAGCAGCAGCAGCAGCAGCAGCAGCAGCAGCAGCAGCAGCAGCAGCAGCAGCAGCAGCAGCAGCAGCAGCAGCAGCAGCAGCAGCAGCAGGCAGCAGCAGCAGCAGCAGUGGGCUUGGGUUGA